AUGAGCGAUUCAGCGACAUGCUCCAAAUCAUAUCAAGAAUUCGUUAAAUUUGGCAAAUUCUUCACAACACGUUUGGUUCAAGCACUUGUUCAAUCACGUCUUGGUCAACUGAUAGUACAAUCAUGUAGUGUGUCACCGGAUCCUACAGAUUGGUUCAGUAUACGAAUCGAUGAACUAGGUGAAGUGGCCGCGCAGUUACGCACAAGCGUCACAAAAUAUCCUCCGAACGCUAAUUGUUUCACUUUGGAUUUUCUGCUUCAUACUGCUGAUGGCGAUGUUCUACCUUUGGAAUCGUGGUGUGUCCGAUAUGAGUCGGAAAUGAUUGAUGGAAAUGUAAACGUAAGGACCGAAUUAUACCACCAGCUAGGGACACUUUUGAAAUCAGCAAUUGUAGCAUCACGAAUGACUCCAGCCUAUCGUUAUUAUGUUCGCAAACAAGGCCCUGACACUUUCAUUAUUAUGUACAGAGUUUACGAAAAAGAACCAGAAAUGGACUUGGGCGAAGAACAGAAAAAAGUUCGCGUUGGUUUGGUAACAUCUCCAUUUGGUGGAUUUUCUGUUGAUCUACUGUAUCGUACAAAGAUGGAAAUUGACCGUACAGCGACACAGGAAGUGAAUCUAAGCGCUGUGGCUACACCGAAGAAUGUGGGCACCAAUGAACACCAAUCCAGCGUAGACAUAGAUGUCCCAAUUUUAAUUCCAUUUGGUCCUGUUCCUGCUCACGGUGGUGAAGUUGAACCGGGUAAGAUUGAUGAAUUAGUGCUAGAAACCCCUUCACGACGUGUACAUUUUCAUUUGGGUCAUUCUCGAUCUUCUUCAGAUGAUGCUUGUUGUCAUGGUGAUCUGUGCAAUGAUAAAAGCAUCGUUGGCCUAGAGAGGAGCAGUAAUCAGCCAUAUAGCUCAAGUUUGCCACACCGAUUGGCAUCAGUGGUAUGUUCUAUCUCUGGAUAUAUUAUGACAAAAAAUCGAUCAAGGACUCACUCAUUUCCAUUCUCAACUUUGCUUACUACGGCUACAAGUGAUUCGAUUCCAGGUCAGGGAUUUCUAGGAGCACUGGAAGAUAGUGACAAGAUAACACCAACUUCUUCCUCUAUUCAUUCUCCAUCACCGUCACCUACUCUUGUGGCUUCCGGUUCAACAUGUUCUACAUCAAGUGUACCUAGUCGUAUGCAUCAGUGUGCCACUGUUCCUUCUGGAGUAAAUUUAAUGAAUAAUGGAGCAAGUGAAAAACUAGAAAAUGAUUCUGCUGAAGAAACGGAGGCGCAGAGCGAUGAUGAUGAUGAUUUGACAAGUAGCGACGGCAGUUAUGUUAAGGUGGCAUUUGGAAGUAGUGAAAGUUUGGCAGAUGGUUUAGGCGAGUUCAUGAAACAGUGUAGAUCGGCUCCAACUCAUCUUUCAUUUCAAAUCGACAGCACGUCUGUAAUUCCAGAACUGUUGGCACAGUUUGAAAGCAAUCAAAAGAUUUUCGACAAUUUCUUGGAAGAAAUCAAAAGGAAAGCAGACAGUGAGGAAGACUGA